AUGUUGCUGUUCUUACAACUCCUAGCAGUCAAUACUGUUUGGGCGCAAAAACCACGUCCUGUGUCUCAGCCUGGAGUGGAGAUAGCUCAACGGUUGAUGAACACAUUGCCUCACCUACCUAGUGUGAUACACAGCCACAUGGAAGGCAAACCAGAGGAACUAAAAGGAAUGAUUUCCCACAUGUUGGGAGAUGGUCUCAUAAGUCAACUGGUUGUCAAUCCUCUCGGAGUGGCAGAAGGCAUGGGAAUUUCACUUAGUAGCGUAGGAAUCAACAAGACAGACGCUGAGCACAAAAUGUUGGUUGGAAGUACAAAUAGCAGUGGGAUCUCUUCUUUAUCAUUAGAUGCAAAGUCAUUACCUACAACGGGUAAGAUUAUGUACUUGGACGGCGUCCCAAUCAAAGAUUUCGAUCACUUCGUCAGGAAUAGGAACCUGGAAGAACGUUUCCCGACGAGCAAACAGCCACUGACAACUACUGCCGUGCCGUCAGCAAACGAUAUUGCGACCGCUGUGCUUGACAAGCUGAAGACUUCAUAUCCUCAGGUCCCAUCAAAAACGGAAAUGACGCUUUCAAAGGAAGAUGACCUGUCCAAGAAUCUUGAAAUCUCUAUCUUUGAUCCAACGAAACUUCUUGUGAACACCCAGCUGAGGAGAGCUCCACAAAACGUAGAAAACCCUGUCGCUGAUGCUUCCGAAUCGUUUUUGCGGUCUUUUGAUCCAGAGAUAGACCACGUAGUAAGUAGCCUGCGUAUUGGAAGUGUGACGAACGUUGAGCGCGUAAAGCAACUACAGAAUAUCUUGCAAAUUUAUGAACAAGGUCUGCAAACGAAAGAGCUAGUUGCGAAACGGAAGCAGUUGCAAAUUCUGCAAAAUGAAUUGCUGUAUCAAAGAGAGAAGAUCGAGGACCAGAAGAGCAUGGAAAAAGAACUACGAAAAAAAGAACAAGAGCUCGAGCAACGACGAAAUACUAUGGAAAUCCAACUUCGACAGCAACUGAACUUGUGGCACAGUUCUUUCAGCAACUCUAAAGAGGAGCCAGUACUGUUCACUUCCAACGGCACCCAAAUGUGGCCACCAGUUCUGAUCAAAAGGAAGAACAAGAAUAUACAGCUCUCGCAAACUAAGCAAGUGGUGUUCAAUGAAUCUGAAAAUUCCGACGAAGCUCGGUCUAUUUGUGACUGUCAAGAAGUAUCAUUGGUGAAAAUGGAGGGAAAGUGGACUGCUGCACUAGGAACAAAAUCACUUUUGGAAAAACUCGGAAGAGGAAUGCCAACCCUACUAUCAAACGGCGCAGACAGCCAAUUCGUCUGCAGCAAAGUAACUGAACCUUACUUCACUCAUCAUCGUCUUUCGGAGAUGGACUCAACAACACUGCUGAUCUUCGUGGAUAUCUUCUUCGGGAUUGCACCACCCAGCGUUGCCAAUUAUUUCGAAUGCGCGCUGUGUUAUCCAAAAAUAUUUUACCAAAUGGAUACUGGAUACGGGUGUUGUUUCAAGGUGUUACUAGCGUAUAAAUAUUAG